ACACAAUUUUUCGAUCUUUUUCAACAUUUUCAAAUCCUUUUUAAGCUCAUCUUCAAGUUCCAUUGGAAAAUCUUCCUCAACAAUCACCCUUUCCUUUCCGGCCACUUCCGACUGCACAACAUCUGGUUUAAUGUCCCCUCUGUCUUUUAGCGGGGAUAGACGUCCAAACGAUUUGUCUAGUACAGUUUACGAUGACGACGACGAUUUGUUUAGUUCUCGACUUGCGUCUACUAGCGAUGUUGGGGCUACUUUGCCUUUAAAUAUUGUAAAUCCUUGCUAUCAAUCUCCUUUGUUUUCACGUCAGGAAAGGCAAUUAAAGUUUGAUACUUUUGGAGACUCUCCAACAACAACAACAACCCUAAAUAAUGUCCGGAGAGCAGCUUCAGUACAAAUAACUAGAAGAUUUCCAUUAAAGGAAACUGAUAGUCUUGUCAAUUGUUUACAAUCUUCUCCUUCAAAUUCUCCAGAUUCUUCAAUUAAUAAUUAUGACAAUACUGACACUUCUUUAUUUUCUCAACAAAACUCCUCUUUUCCUACUUUUUCUGUCAGUAUUGACAGUUUAAGUGCUCCCGUUAUGGAUUACCUCGACGAGAAAUUAAUUCACCAACAAAUUUCUAAAUUAAUUAAACAACCGUGUUGUUCUUCCUCUUCUCUAUCGUCCUCCUCUUCUUUUAUCUGUGAUGAACAAUCUUUCCCCUCUUAUAAUAAUUCACGUUCUGGUGCUCCUAAAAGAUUGAUACUUGAAUAUUUGAGUAGAUUUCGAAAAUUACACACAACAAAAGGAAAUGAACAACAAUUAAAUCCAAACAAAAUACCCAACAACAACAAAAUUACCGAAGCCCUUUUUGGUGGAAUGCCUUUGAACAUUAUUCAAUCAAAAACGGAAGAUGGAAGUCCUCUACCUCGUUUUGUACAUGAUAUAAUGGAAUAUAUUGAGGGGUAUGCACAUUUGACAGAAUGGCUUUUUAGGAAAAAUGGUGUAAAAGGAAGAAUUGAAGAAAUAAAAGAUUGCUGUUCACAAUUAUCUCCAAACAAUCCAAUACCCCCUCAUUUACUUGCAGAAUCCCAAAUUUUUGAUCUUUGUGAUGCUCUCAAGCUUUUCUUCAGAUCACUACCCGAAUGUUUAUUUACAAAUAAAGUGUCUAGUUUGCUUCAGAAUUGGCUAAGAGAAUUACCCCCAACUUAUUCUCCAAAACAUUUCCAAAUUGCACAAUAUUCAAUACUUAUUUUGCCUGCAGAAAAUCGAGAGGCCCUUCUAAUUCUUUUACGUUUUUUAUGUGGAAUUGCCAGACAUUCAAAUAUAAAUAAAAUGAAUUCUUUAAAUCUCGCUACUUGUUGGAUGCCUUCAAUUUUUCUAUUUUUUAAUUCACAACCUUUACAACAAAAACAACAAAGACAAAAUAGUACAAUUCCUCUUUUAUCCUUGGAGAAUGGUGGAAAUGGAAUUAGAAGGAGAUUAAUGCGACGAAAAACAAUAGAAAUAAGUUUAGUGAAUGCUGGAGGAAUUACAAACUUAACAACAACAACGGAAAAUACAAGUCCAACAUUACAAAAUAAAAACAACAAUUCCUCUACAACAAACAAUUAUGAGUCUAUAAAACAAUUAUUAAGUGCAAUGAUUGAUGGAUGGGAAAAAUUAAUUUUAUUGCCGGCAUGUUUAAUUGAAAAUAAUAAAUAUUUAAAUCGGUUAAUUGAAACAUGCCGAACAUUUAAUAAUGGAGCUAUUUGUUUAAAAAUAAAGAAAAAUGGGCAAUUUGAAUUUAAUGAUGAAUUACAUCAAAAAUUGAGGAGAAUGCUUCACAGGCUUAAAGAGGAUUAUUCAAAUGGUUGGCUCACCAAUAACACAAACAAAUGCUGGAAAUUACAACGAGUAUUUUCCGAUGGGGCGCAUAUUUAUACGCGUUCAAUAAACGAUAUGGCCCCCAAUUUAAAAUCUUUUUUGGUUCAGACAAGUGUGCCUGCUUCCCCUAAUUUAAUAUUAUCUGUCUUAAUUAAUGGAAGGCGUUGGACUUACAACGAAAUAGGGAACGAGUCCCCAACAUGUUCACUUAUCGAAUGUUCUGUUACUUCACAAGAGGAUGACAACAAUUUAGAUGGAGGGGAUUUUGAAAGGGUUUAUGUCCACGAAUCAAAAUUCUUAAUUGUCCCCAGAUGUGCCGGGUUCUCACAAAUUAUUUAUAUUUCGAGAAUUGACUUUAAAGGACGUUCUUCACAUUGGUAUGAACAAGUAUAUGCAGAAAUGUUGGUUAGACAAAUGCAAAGAUUAACUCAAAAUUUACUUCAAUACAAAAAUAGAGGAAUUACUUUAUGA